GUCCCGCCUCGUCGCCUUGGGCCUCAAAGUUUCAGUUUCGCUUUCCCCGAGAUCCCUCCCUGUUCCCAGCACAGCUACUCUCCUUCCUCUCCUUGCUGCCUUCCCUGCCGCCGUCUGGCCGGAAGUGGACCACCAUAAUUGGAAACAGCAGUCUACGCUCAGAAACGCAAAACAGAGUAUAAACAUUGAAAGACCCCAGGUACUUGGAGGAUGGACUUUUCCAAGGGUACUGGAGCAGCAGCUUACAAUGAGAAAUCAGGUAGGAUCCUGUCAGUCUCGGGCUUGUUUCAGAAAGUCUUUGCACCUAUCUUUUCUCAGUGGAGAAAGGGGAAUACAAAAGGAGACUGUCUACCCCACAGGUGCUCAGAGACUGACGUUCUUGGAGAAAACUAUAGUUGGCAAAUACCCAUUAAUCACAGUGACUUCAACAUUUUAAAAAAUAAUGAGAGUUGUCUCUGUGAAGUCCUCCAGGAUAAAUUUGGCUGUAUUUCUACCCUGGUCUCUCCAGCCCAGGAAGGUAACAGUCAGUCUCUGCCAGUCUUCAGAAAGAUGCUGACUCCUAGACUAGAGUUAUCUGUCUGGAAGGAUGACCUCACCAGACAUGCUGUUGAUGUUGUGGUGAAUGCAGCCAAUGAAGACCUUAAGCAUGGGGGAGGCCUGGCUCAGGCCUUGGUGAAAGCUGGCGGCCAGGAAAUCCAAGAGAUGAGCACAAGCGUGGUUUCCAGAUGGGGUAAAAUACCAGUCGGUGAGAUAGCUACAACAAAAGCAGGGAGGCUUCCCUGCAAAUUCAUUAUCCAUGCUGUUGGGCCUCGGUGGAUGGGGGUGGAUAGAGAGAGAUGCAUCGAUAAGCUGCAAAGAGCCAUUGAGAAUAUUCUGAAUCAUGUCAACUUCAGCAUUCCUUAUAUUGAGACAGUAGCAAUUCCAGCCCUGAGCUCUGGGAUUUUCAACUUCCCUGUGGAUUUGUGUACACAGAUCAUUGUGGAAACUAUCAGUAGUUAUUUCCAAAAUGUGUCACUGACUGGUAAUUUGAAAGAAAUUCACCUGGUAAGCAAUGAGGACCCUACUGUUGCUGCCUUUAAAACUGCUUCAGAAGUCAUCCUAGGGAAGAACGACCUGGCGUCCUGGGUAAAUCAAGAAGCCACCCUUCCUUUUGAUACGAUGGUUGUGAAUAACCUGACUCUCCAGAUUGUCCAGGGCUGCAUUGAAUUACAGGAGACAGACGCAAUUGUUAAUUCUAUAAAUCCAGAUCAUAGUUUCGAAGUUGGCCCUGUGUCAAAAUCAAUUCUACAACAAGCAGGAGAUGAGAUAAAACAGGAAUUUUUCAAAAACGUGCUUCGGAUAUCUCGGGAUUCCCAGUUGGUACUGGUUACAAAAGGAUAUAAAUUGCCCUGUCUACAUGUAUUCCAUGUGUUAUGGCAUUCAGAAUGUCUUAGAACAGAUUUGAGAUUAAAAAAUGCAAUGAAAGAGUGUUUGGAAAAAUGCCUGGAGCUAAAUUUAACUUCCAUUUCUUUUCCUGCCCUUGGGACUGGAAACAUGCACAUAUGGAAUGAUAAAGCAGCAGAGAUUAUGUUUCAGGAAGUUUUAAUGUUUGCCACACACCAUUUGAAAAAACAAUUAACUGUAAAGUUUGUGAUCUUUCCUACACAAUUGGAGGUAUAUAAGGUUUUCAUUGCUGAAAUGGAGAAGAAUAAGUCCAAGCAGCAGAGUCUCAAAAAUUACAGUGUCCCCCAGGGGACCAGAGAGGAGAAACGAGACAGUGAGCUCAAAGCUCAGGCUCCUGCUAUCAAUCUGAUGGGCUCCAACCUGGAAAGGAUGAGUAAGGCCCAAGAGUGGAUCCUAAGGAUACUGGCUCUCCAGGACCAGCACAGCAUUGAGAACAAUCAUAUCCUCUACCUUGGGAAAAAGGAACAUGACGUUUUGUCUCAGCUGCAGGAAACCACAAAGGUCCAGAUCUCUGAGAUUAUUAAUCCAGGAAAGGCAAUUUUAGAAAUUAAAGGAGCCCAGGCUGACCUCAUGGAGGUGGUUAUGACCAUUGAACAUAUGCUGUGUAAGGUUCAAGAGGAAGUGGCAAGAAAAAAGGAGCAAGCCCUUUGGAGCUUGUCAGGAGAAUCGACUGAUCUGCAACCAAAAAAGCAAGAUGAAAUGAAAGAAAAUAAGUUUCUGAAAUGUCUACCACUCUUAACUCAAGAAAUGCAGGAUAGAAAGAAACGGUUUGAAAAUUGUGGUUUGCAGGUUAUAAAGGUGGAGAAGAUAGAUAAUGUGCUCCUCCUGGCUGCCUUCCAAAGAAAGAAGAAAAUGAUGGAAGGGAGAAUGCAAAGAAAACUUUUGAGCCACACGUUGUUUCAGCAAGUCCCACAGCAAUUCUGCGAAGUGGUAUGCAGAGUUGGCUUUCAAAGAAUGUACUCAGCACCCUGUGACCCAAAAUACGGAGCUGGCAUAUACUUCACCAAGAACCUCAAGAAACUACCAUGCCAGGUCAAAAAAACAUCUGCCACAGAUAAGCUGAUCUACGUGUUUGAGGCUGAAGUACUCAUAGGUUCCUUCUGUCAGGGUCAUCAGUUCAAUAUUGUUCCCCCACCAUUGAGUCCUGGAGCCUUAGAAAGUCAUGACAGUGUGGUUGAUGAUGUCUCCAGCCCUGAAACCUUUGUUAUUUUUAGUAGUGUGCAGGCCAUGCCCCAAUAUCUGUGGACUUGCACCCAGGAUCAUCUACGUCCACAGGAUUACUCAUCAAAACUAAUGAUGCUGCCACCAUUGCUCCCAGGGGAGAAAUUCUCAAGGGACAGCUCUGUGGAUGAUUAACCUCCACAUCGUUUUAACGACUGCCAUGGCCUUGCUUUGGAGGAACUAACCAAAUAGUGACCAUCAGUGUCUCAAAGCGUGGUUUGAAUAUGUCAAAUGGGUUGUCUGUAUGGACUGAUUGGGUUAUUGAAGGAACCAGCCACAUACUCCUAGCAUUUUAGCAUCCUCAUCUCUGUCUUUUUAUCUCUUGGGGUUGGGAUGGGUAGACACCAACUAAAACACUUUCAGAAUCAUCCCUCUUCUUCAGGUUGUCCUUUCAUCUCCUUUACUACAGAUAAUUGCAAAAAUGUUUUACAUGUAAUGAAGAGAUUUUUUUUUAGUAUGUAAUCCAAACCUCUUAUUUUUUCAAAUGGUGAUAGUAUAACAUAUUAGGACAGCAGGAUGAUUUUAAAUUUUCCAGAGAAUCUUAUAUAGUGUUUACAUAUCAAAAUAAAUCACCUUGACUUAA